GCAGAAACACACUCGCCGGGCCCUUCAAAAGCUGGCCGACGCCAACCUAGUACUGUGACUAGAGCGUCGCGUCUGCAAGUAACUGAGAGACUAGUCUGUGAGGAACUUGCAUGCAUGGCGCCCCUUCUUCCUCCCUCGCCUCCGUCCGGCAGCCCGAGGCUGCUCAAGAGCGGCAGCGGCAGCGAGUGGAGCGUGGUGGCGCAGAGGAACGUCAAGUCCUCGCUGCUGCUCCUGCUGGCCAUCUCCACGGUCGUCGCCUUCUCCAUCCUCUACUCGUCCCGGAGCUUGACCGUGGCCAGGACGGCCGGCGAGGCGCUGACGCAGAGCCCUCUGCUCGCCGCCCUCGACCUGAGCAGCAGGAUGCCAGAGGAUGACGACGAUCAAAGCGAUGAGCCAGCGUUCCCUGCGGACGACAGCGUGACGCCUGAGCAGAGCACACCUGCGGAGGUCGUCUCCUUGCCAGCUGCUGCUCCGAGCACCGGUGAGGCGGCCAUGCAGCUCGAGGAGAAAUGCGACAUUUCCAGGGGGAAAUGGGUGCGGGAGCCGAAUGGCCCGGUGUACACCAACCUGACGUGCCCCAUGCUGCCGGACUUCAAGAACUGCCAGAAGUUCGGCAAGGACGACGGCCACCUCUACUGGCGGUGGCAGCCAGACGGCUGCGAGCUGCCGAGGUUCGUACCGGAGCGGUUCCUCGACGUCGUCCGCGGGAAGCGGCUGGCCUUCAUCGGCGACUCGCUGGCGCGCAACCAGAUCGACUCCCUGCUCUGCCUCCUGUCCCAGGCCGAGGCGCCCGUGGACGUGUACUCGGACGCGUUCGACAAGUACCGGACAUGGCACUUCCCGGCGCACAACUUCACGCUCAUGGUGAUGUGGACCGAGUUCUACGCGCACGCCGUCCCCGUCGCCGGCGCCGACGGGAAGCCCACCUCCUCCUUCGACAUCCACCUCGACAGGCUCGGCGCCGACUGGACGAGCCGCCUGCCGGGCCUGGACUACGCCGUCAUCUCGGGCGGCAACUGGUUCUUCCGCGUCAACUAUCUCUGGGAGGGAGGGCGCCGCAUCGGCUGCCUCAACUGCGCCGGCAACGACGCCAACCUCACCGACUUCGGCGUCGCCUACGCCGUCCGCCGCGUCGUCAGGGCGGCCGUGGAGGGCAUCGCGCAGUGCCGUGGCUGCAAGACCAGCCUCGUCACCUUCCUCCGAACCUACUCGCCCGACCACUUCGAGCACGGCUCCUGGUUCGACGGCGGCUACUGCAACAGGACGGCGCCGCUGCAGGAGCGGGAGGUGAGCAUGGAGAGCAUCGCAUGGGAGCUGAGGAGGGUGCAGAGGGAGGAGGUGAGGCGGGUGAGGGCGACCAAGAGGAGGUUCGGGGUGCUGGACGUGACCAAGGCCAUGAUGAUGCGCGCCGACGGCCACCCCGACAAUCACUUCGACAUCAGGUGGAGGAGGAACGGCAGCGACUGCCUGCACUGGUGCCUGCCGGGGCCCGUCGACAUGUGGAACGGCGUGCUGCUCCAGAGGCUCGCGGAGCUCACGCCGCCGCCGGCCGCGCGGUGAUCAUCCGCCCUCGCGUACGUGGUUUUGCGUUGUCGGCGUCGUGCUGUACGUUGUUGCCCCAAGUUAGGAAUCAUGCAUGCAGCUUUUGAAAGUUGCUAACUGUAUAAAACCCACCGCAAAAAUUGUACUCCUGCUUAAACCUUUGAAAGAAUUUUUGUACUACUUACGAAGUGGCCCAUGAUUCUGAAACUUGACACCCUUUCUCAAAGUCUUUUUUUUUAAUUUAGCAAGCACUCUCAUAAACUCGCCAACCAUAAUUUUCUACUUGAACAAGUUAUUGGAAACAAAAAAAUGAGUGAAUUUCAGGGGUAAUUUAAGUUUUUCUUAAAAAUAACUUCAGGUUUAUAUGCGGGCUUUACGGAUUUUCUGCGUACAAUCUCACUUAUUUGCCAGUUCAUCAAGUUAAAUGAAGAUACGGAUAAGUUUUGUUCCCCUUUCGAGCUCAAGGUAGUUGAGCACACCUUUGGAGUUCAGUUAGAGAGUAACAAAAUGAUUCAACAACCAUCAGCAUCAAACUGAUGAGCUUCCAACUAACUUUGCACAACGCUCCACUAGAAAUAUACAAAUCUUCCACUCAAGAACUAAGGUUUUACAUGCUUUCAACUAAAAAACAAAAACUUUCAACUUAAUUACCUAUGGAAUUUCAUUCUUUUUCUACAAAUUUCAUAAAUUUCCAAGUGAACAAAAAUUCUCAACACAAUAAAAAUACAAUGUAUUGAAAUAAAAUAUAAACAUUAGCAUCCAAUUACCAGAUA